GGGGUUUCUUUACUGUUUGUAGAGAGAUAGUGUUAGGCAGCAACUAUUGGGUGGUGGCAGCAUGUCAUUGCUCAAGACAGGAGCUAGGAUAUUAAAGCAACCAUAACCGACUGAGGGCAACCAAAACGAAAUAGAGAUAGAGAGAGAGAACAAAAAGAAGAGCUGCAACAUAAUGCUCUCCUUGAGAUAUCACCUCUGUUCUUGGUAGCUCCUCCAAUAACAUCACACCAAGAUAGCAGCUUCUUCAUUUCAAAAGAGAUACAGUGCAGUCGCUGGAUUUAAAUUUUGUUUCUCCGGCAUAGUGAAGCAGUCGGAAGACAAGGUGGGCGGCCACUCCAUCGAUCAGGUGGGCUAGCUGGUAUUCUUCUGAAGGCCAUGGCCACAUUCUUCUCCGCCCCCGGCAGGCACAAGGACAUCGCCGGCGGCGGCGGGGACAUGCCGUUCCACCACUACCCAGGGUCCUCCUCAACGGCAGGCCUGGCACCUAUCCCGGCAACAGCCGCGCAACAAGGCGAUGCCCAGAACGAGCUCGCGUUCAUGUGCGCGGCAGAGGAGAGCCAGAUCGAGACGCAGCAUCAUCAGAUGAUGAUGCAGCGCAGUCAGGCAAUGCAGCGACGCCAUGGGCUCCUUUCACUGAGCCUCGCCACACAGGUGCAGGCGUCUCUCUACCCCCAUUUCAGUCCGACCGGCGUGGCGUCUCGGGGUUCGUCGCGGUACCUGAAGGCGGCGAGGGAUCUGCUGGACGAGCUGGUGAGCGUGCAGGACGCUGGAGCCACGCCCACGCGGAAGCCUGACAAGAACAGAAGCCACAGCUCAGGAGACGCUGCUGGGAACGACGACGACCGGAAGGACCCCGCCGUGAACUCUUCCCCGGCAGGAGAAGAACCGUCGCCGUCGCCUUCCGAGAGGCAAGAGCUUGAGAACAAAGCGACGGCGCUCCAAGGCCUGCUGGACCAGGUGGAGCAGAGGUACAGGGGCUACGAGCACGAGAUGCGGGCGGUGGCGUCGUGGCUGGACGCGGCGGCCGGGCGGGGCACGGCGAGGCCGUACACGGCGGUGGCGCUGCGGACCAUCUCCCGCCACUUCCGGUCGCUCAGGGACGCCAUCGCCGCGCAGCUGCGGUCCGCGCGCCGGAGCCUCGGCGAGCCGCCCCCGGACGUCCACGGUGGCAUCCACCGGCUGCGGUACAUCGACCAGCGGAUGCGGCGGCAGCAGUUGGGCUUCGGGUGCGUGAUCCAGCAGCAGCACGCGGCGUGGCGGCCGCAGCGGGGGCUCCCGGAGCCCGCCGUGUCCGUGCUCCGCGCGUGGCUCUUCGAGCAUUUCCUCCACCCGUACCCCAAGGAGCCCGAGAAGCUGAUGCUGGCGAGACAGGCCAGCUUGACCAGGGGUCAGGUGUCGAAUUGGUUCAUCAACGCUCGUGUCCGGCUGUGGAAGCCGAUGAUCGAGGAGAUGUACAGGGAGGAGUUUGGCGAGGAGAUCAUGGAGGCCAACUCGUCAUCGGAGGUCAAGGGGAAGGACGAGCCGGAGCCGGAGCCGGCCAGGGCGCUGGAGGAUCUGCAGAGCCCGUCGAGCACGAUGCAGGGAGUCAACCCGUUCAAGUCGACCGCCACCGGCCUCGAUGAUAAUGCUGCUGUAUACUCCUCCAUUGAAGGCCUCCGCCUGCAUCAGCGCCAACGCCAGCACGCCUACGACACUGGCCUCCUGCAUGAUGGCGCUGGCGAGAGGUUCUUGGACUUGGGCGGCAGCGGACUCACGCUGGGCCUACAUGGCCGGCACGACGGCGUCACCCUUGUCGGGCUAGGAUCAGCCGAGCAGGCAGGAAUGGACGCCGGCGCGUUUGAGUACGUCGACGGCUCCGACGACCGGCAGCGGUUCGGCUCGUCGUCACAGCUCCUGCACAACUUCGUCACGUGACCAGACUGAAAGCGGAUGAUACAUCGACCAACUUCGACCGGCUGCUGCCGUGGGCAAGAAUUGUAGUAGCUGGUAUACAUGAUGGUGAGGGUGUAACCGUGUAAAAGGCAUCAAUUUUAGAGGAACACGGCCGGGGAGCGGAAUAGGAUCUGUACAAAAUGCUCUACAUUUGCACCAGCAGAUUUGUGUAGUGAUCUGAUUUGUAAACGACCUUGUCCAGUCUCCCAA